CUUCUCUGCUCCAGUGACCAGGAAUCCUCUUGACUGUCUGAGAUGGCUUCUUCUUCUGCUGCUUCUUCUUCUUCUGCUGCUUCUGCUGAGAAAGCUAGCAAUAGGACCUUCCUCCUGUGUCCUAUGUGCAAGAAGACUCAUUGGAGCCUUCCAGUUCACCUCAGAAGAUCCUGCAUGAAGAAUUCCUCAGAAGCUGACAUUCGGUCUGUGGUGGAAUCUGCCAAGAGAGCUGCCAACAAUUUGCUUCGUACUGGCCGUGUCUGGGAGUACUCUCUCAUCACCAGGAUCAUGCAGAGCCCUGACCCUGUUGGCAGGAUGAUCGAGGAGCUGCAGAGCAGAGGGAUGGCUGUGGUUGGCAUCCCAACUGAAGACCCGGCUCCUGUUGCUCCUGCUGUUCCAGCUGUUCCGGCUGUAGCCCAACUGCCAGUUGAGGCUCCGUCUGAGUCCGGCUCAGAAAGCUCUGGGGAACUCUAUCAGUGCCCUGAUCCCACCACGCAGGGAACUUCCCUUAGGGAAAGGAUGUCAAGUUUGGGCCUCUACAAGAAGCACUCGCUUGACCAUUCUCUCCUUGCCAAAUUUGCCAAGUUUCUACAGAGUGACUUGUCAAACGAAAACUUCAAACAGGAGGUGGAGAAUGUUGCCAGGUUCCUGUACUACAUGGACCCCCAGCAGGCCAGUCUCCAGUUUGUCCGUCAGCAUGAGAAGCAUGCACCAAGCAGACGGUUCUUGAAGUUCCACGCGGGCAGCACUGACCUGUGCUUCACGGACAGGGAGUUGCACCAGGACUGCAACAACUACACGCAGUUCCUGGGGAACAUCCUGAAGUCGUCGUCAAAACAGGAGGGUGUUCUCUCUACGGCGGAGAUCACUGCCGUGCUGGCCGCUGCAAAGAAAGACUUCCUGGCUGUCAUCGGGAAGCUGCAUGAGGGAGGCCAUCAGUUGACCCUGACAGAGAUGCAGCUGGUCCUCUAUUACCUUGAGGCCAUUGUGAUUCUGGAGCAGGGCCAGCGACCUGGAGUUGUUGAGCACCUGACUGUCACAGAAUGGAUCAGCCGAAGGAGAGAUGUCACUCGUCCUGCUUUCGUUGCGGUAGCAGUAAAGGAGCACAAGACUGCUGCCACUCAGGUGGCCACCUUUGUUCUGAGCCAGGAACAGGAGAUGUGGUUCGAUCUCUACUUCACUGAGGUGCGCCCAGUCAUGCUGGGAAGGAAGAGGAAGCGCGAUGAUGAUGACGAUGAGUAUCAGGUGCCAAAGGUGACCAGCCAGAUGGCCAGACGCGCGUACGAGACAGCCACGAAGGACAUGCCCGAUGCUGAAAAGUCCAAGGUGGCGGGCUACCUCACCCACUCGACGGCCACGGCAGAGAAGCCCUACCGGAUGAGAGAGAUAAGCUCAGCGGUAGAUGUGUGCCUGAUCCUGAGGAGACUGCGGGGUGAUUCAGAUAGUGACCAGAGCUACCACACCCCCACGGGUUCCGCGGCAUACUUGACCGACCAAGCUGCAUAUGACAAGUUGCUCCGGUCAUAUCCAGUGACGUUGGACGGGGUGCCACCCAAGAGGUCUAAGCGGGUAUCCCUGGCUGGGCAGGACGAACGCUACUGCUACGACCGCUGGCGUAGCGAACAGCUCGAGCUUCGGGUGCAGCAUGUUCUAGAGCACUUUGCCCGUAGACUGCCCUCUGAGUCCAGAGUCAAGGCCUGGAUUGAGAAGCAAGGGUGGUCUGCCAACAUUCCAGAUGCUGCAUCCAUCAUCCAGCAGUGGAAGCCAUCUGGGGACAUUGACGAUGCGAUGGACAGUGCUGAGCUGCAGAAGUUUUGCAGGACGCAGAGGUGGAAGGGACUAGCAGUGGCAGAGAUAGAGGGGAAGGGUAGGGGAGUGGUAGUGACAAGGCCUUUUGCCUUGGGGGAAGUCGUGUGUGACUACCACGGUAAAGUGGUGUCUAGACAGGAGGGCUUAGCGACCCAUGCAGCAACAGCAGAGCAAGAGAUUGGGUACAUGUUCAAGGUUUCGGUUCUCGCAUUUGCAGAUGAUUUGGUAGUCGUAUCGGAUUCAUGGCAGGGAAUGGCAUCCAACCUGCAAAUCCUUGAGGACUUCUGCCAACGCGGGGGGCUGAAGCUUCAGCCUUCCAAGUGUCACGGUUUUCUGAUGUCCUAUAAGUCCAGGACGAGGCACCUCAAUAACUGCCCGCCGUGGAGAGUAGAUGGGGCGGCUCUCCAUAUGACAGGUCCCGGAGAGGCAGUGAGGUACCUGGGCGUGUCGGUUUCGCCCUGGCUGGGACGGAUGAGGCCGGACAUUGUUGGUCAGAUUUCCGAUUGGGUGAGCAGGAUUGGCAAGGCCAAACUCAAGCCGACGCAGAAGGUCUCCAUUCUGACGAAGCAUGCCAUACCACGGGUCCUUUACGCUGCGGAUCACUGCGAUUUGGGUCUAGUUGCAUUGUGGGCCGCGGAUGGAACAAUCAGGAAGGCUGUGAAGAAGUGGCUGCAUCUUCCAAUGUCGACCUGUAACGGACUUUUAUAUGCACAGCACCGGGAUGGUGGCCUGGGAGUGCAGAAACUAGCCCGUCUCGUCCCAUUAAGUCCAUUAGCCCAUUAAGUCCCACUUAAUGGGCUAAGGGGGAGGGAACACAUAAUACAUAUAAGACGGCAAUCAACACAGCACCACACCUCAUAAACUGAUAUAUAGCGUAAACGGAUAUAUAGACUCUUAUACAGGCCAUUAGGGCCACAUAACUCAUACUAGAUUAGGUUAGGUGACAAGAUGCACCUGCUUGCACACUCCUUUCUCCCCAAAACGAAAUUUGAAGCUGAGUGUAAUCACGGGCUUCUACAGCCGAACAUAGUCGUAGGUCGGAACCAUGUUCUAUGGGAAAGACAUUCAAAAAGUCCCACUUAAUGGGCUGAGGGGGAAUGGACACAUAGUACAUAUAAACCAGCACACAACACUGCACCACACUUCAUGAACUGACACACCUAGCGACCCUCCUACAGGCCAUUAGGGCCACAUAACUCAUAUCAGAUUAGCCUAGGUGGGCAUUCCAACCUGUUCUUCUGGUUCGGGGGUAAUCUGGGAGACCAUGGGGCUGCCAUAUGGCUUGGCGAUAGUCUUGUGUGAUUAACUAACCUCCCCCGGGCCGGUUGGCAGGAAGCUGGUUCCAAGCCCCGACCCUUCCGCCUGGUUAAACUGGUGGUAGCGGGACAUUGGGAUAUCGUAAUGAUUACAUUACUGGAUCCCACUCUGAGGGUUGCCAUGCUGGCCAUGCGACAAUCUCGACCCCAUGCACUGCGUCUCUGGGAUGAUGGCAAAAAGUUACAUACUCGGCUGUUCAUCAGACUAGAUGGAUAGUAUAGUCGAUGGGGGACUCUAAAAUCCCCAGAAGUCAGAUCAUAGCCCCCGCAUAAAGUUUAUGCUUGGUUUUUUGCAAUUGGACAUUUGCCCGCGAUGAUGGAACGUUUUGAAUAUCGCCAUAUUUGAGGGUGCUGUUCUCCGCAAGGCUGUUAUGCACAUGGAUGUGUAUGGGAAAAGUUGGAAAGUCUUUUUCUCACACUACAAGUGUCUUAAAUUUCGUGUGGAUAUGUUCAGUUUUCUUUGAGUUACGGCUGUUCAAAAACGGUCACAGUGAUACCCUUCAUUCUGGAACUCUGCCACCCUCUCUAACUUUUUUGGUCAUUUUAAACAAAGAUUACUCUCCCUACACAUAGGUGAUACCCGGAAACAUAGCCUUAUUGGACAGGGAAUGUCCUCGACUGUACGCAGGAUAAAUCACAUGUUGAUGGAUUUAGUUUUGCUUGAGUUACGGUUGUUCAAAAUCGGCCAUAGGUUUUAACAGUCCAGCGGGUCACAGCAGUCAUACGGCCGCCUGAGGUGCAUUAUUUUCGGUUAUAGAAAUCCCAUGUUUACCGGUCCAUAUCUCGGGCUGUGUACAUGAUACAUACACAACCCUUAUGUCGUUGGAUAGCUCUUGACAUGCUCUACAAAGUUUCUGCUUGGUAUUUUGCAAUUGGACAUUUGCCCGCGAUGAUGGAACGUUUUGAAUAUCGCCAUAUUUGAGGGUGCUGUUCUCCGCGGGACUGUUAUGCACAAGGAUGUGUAUGGGCUCCUUAGAAAGGGCAUUUGUCACGCUACAAAUAUCUUAAAUUUCAUGUGGAUAUGUUUAGUAUUCUUUGAAUCAUUCCUUACUCACAGACUGAGAUAAUUUAGGUCAAAUUAGCCAAUUUUUGCCAGGUUCAGAAUU